UAAGCAUUUUCAGACUGUGGUCACUCAUAUAUUUGGAGUUCCACUAGAGAGGGAGACGUUCAAGUAUCAGUAAUUUCUUCUGGUCUUGCUCCAAAGGGUGUAGGCUCAAGAGCCUGCACAGAAGGUGAAUUAAUUUCUCAUAUCCAAGUGUAGAAGAUAUAGCAAAUUCAUCUUUGCUUCUUUCCUGAAAGGAUCAAUUGACACAGAGAGUCUUUUUUGCAGAAUGGAGGGACAAUUCAAUCUUUCAUCAGGUAAUGAAACAACCAUUGACAGAGUUCGCCAAGAAAUCUGGGUAUUUUACCAGCAGCCCAUUACGGAGUAUCAUGAACCAAUUGAACAUGUUAUUGCAUAUGAAGGUUCUGUGACAAUUUCAGACGUUUGGAAUACUUCUGUGAAUUUUACUGACAUGUUGAGAAGAUCUCCUACUCCUUAUGGUGGACUCUUUCAUAAUUUAACACGAAAUAUUAUAACCAGCUUCACUAUUAUUAGCUGUAUUUUGGGCUUGCUGGGAAAUGGAAGGACAAUUUAUCUACUGGCCUAUUCUGUUAAGAGGAAUUCUUUCACCACUUACAUCCUGAAUCUCUCCAUCGCUGAUUUUGGGGUCCUCAUAUCCCUCAUUGUGGCAUUUACAUUUGUGGCUUUGUCAACUCUAUUUGCAAGAACUUACCUUCUCUAUCCCUUUUUCUUUUUCUUUUUCGAGCUCUUUUUCUUCACCUAUUCUGCUAGCCAGUUUCUGCUGACAGCCAUCAGCCUGGACAGGUGUGUGGCUGUCCUCUUCCCACUCUGGAAUCGCUGCCAUCGCCCGCCCUAUUUGUCCACCCUAGUUUGUGGCAUCAUAUGGACCCUCUCCUUCCUGCUCACUGCAGUGCACUUCAUUCUCCACCAGACCAGUAGCCUUGGAAGUUCACCUUUACUUUACCAGCUUAUUGUGAAUGGUUUACUUUGCACACCUCUCAUGGUUGUGUCCACUGGGACCCUCUAUAUGGGCUCGAAAGCACAACACAACCAAAGGAAGCUGCUGACCGCCAUCUUGCUGGCUCUCCUUUUCUUCCUCCUUUUUUCUUUCCCAAUGGAUGCCUUUUAUGUCAUUGAAUAUUUUGGUUCCCCUCACCCCUUUCUCAUGACAAUUGGCAUAGGAUGUGCUGCUCUCAACAGCAGCAUCAACCCCCUCCUCUAUUUCUUAGUCGGGGGGGAAAAGACAGGAAAGGAUCAGCCCAGAGCAACUUUGAGGGGUGCUCUGCAAAGAGAGUAG